AUGGGCCGCAAGGAGGAUGCGGCGCGAAAAGCUAAGGCAAAGGCAAAGACUGCUGCAGGAAAAAAAGUCAAUGACCAACUGGACAAGGUGGAGAAGGAAGCCAUGCUUAAGGGAAACGUGAAGCGGGCAGCAGUCCUGGAGACUGCAGUGGUCACGGGGGUGCUGGCCUCGCAGCCUCAGGCAAUGGACGUGAAGAUCGAGCAGUUCUCCAUGGGUGUCUACGGGAAGGAGUUCAUCAAGGACACGAAGCUUGAGCUCAACUUUGGCCGCCGGUAUGGUCUCAUCGGAAUGAACGGAUCUGGCAAGUCAACAAUGCUUGCUGCCAUCGCUGCACGCGAGAUUCCGAUUCCGGAUCAUAUCGACAUCUGGUUCCUGGACAGCGAGGCCAAGCCAGAGGACACUACAGCCAUCCAGGCCGUGGUUAAUGUCGUCGCUGAUGAGCACAAGCGUUUGGAGGAGCUUUCCAUCAAACUCCUGGAGGAGGAUCCAGAAAAGAAUGCUGACUACCUCCAGGUCAUCGGAGACAAGUUAGACAAGAUGGACCCUUCAACCUUCGAGCCAAGGGCCUGCGAACUGCUCCACGGUCUGGGCUUCACCCCGCAGAUGAUGCAGAAGGCCACCAAGGACAUGUCUGGUGGGUGGCGCAUGCGCGUAGCCCUGGCACAAGCGCUGUUCGUUGAGCCGCUGCUGCUGAUCCUGGACGAGCCGACGAACCAUUUGGACUUGGGAGCUUGCGUCUGGCUGGAGGAGUAUUUGUCACGCUACCCCAACACGCUCCUCUUCACUUCGCACUCGGAGGACUUCAUGAACGGAGUCUGCACGAACAUCAUGCAGCUUACACAGAAAGGUACGCUCGUGGUUUGGGGUGGCAACUAUGAUCAGUACUUCAAGACUCGAACGGAAGUCGAGAAGAACCAAUUGACGAAGUACAAGAAGGAGCAGGAUGACAUCAAGCAUCUCCAGGAGUUCAUCCGCUCGUGCGGUACCUAUGCCAACCUUCGCGUGCAGGCCGAGUCAAAGCAAAAGAUCAUCGACAAGAUGGUGGAGGCUGGCCUGACCGAGAAGCCCAUGCCGGAUCCUACCUACGAGUUCAGCUUUCCGGACUCGGAGAAGAUCUCCCCACCCGUCAUGGCCUUUGCCGGCGUAUCCUUCUCCUAUUCGGGGAAGAAAGAGGACCACCUCUACGAGAAGCUGGAGCUCGGCGUGGACUUGGACUCACGCGUUGCCCUGGUCGGACCCAAUGGUGCAGGCAAGUCCACCUUGCUGAAGCUCAUGCUUCAGCAGAUCGAGCCCACGGAGGGUGAGGUGAAGCGCAGUGGCAAGCUGCGCAUCGGUCACUACAACCAGCACAGUGAGGCGGUCUUGGACCUCGAAGCCUCACCAUUGCAGUUCCUGAAGGACCUGUACCCGGAGGGCAUCGUCACCACAUCGGGCAAAAAGAAGAUGGAAGAUCCUGAGUGGCGAGGCAAGCUGGGCUCCUUCGGCAUCACUGGAGACUUCCAGACCCGCAAAAUGAAGACCAUGUCGGACGGGUACCGGACGCGUAUGGUGAUGCUGCUGAUGGCGCUGGUGAAUCCGCAUGUCCUCCUCCUCGAUGAGCCGACGAAUCACUUGGACAUGCAGUGCAUCGACGCUUUGGCAGGGGCCAUCAACAAGUUCUCUGGUGGUGUAGUUCUGGUGAGCCACGACUUCCGGCUGAUCUCGCAGGUGGCGAAAGAGAUCUGGGUAUGUGACAAGAAGACGGUGGCCAAGUGGGAGGGCGACAUCCAGUCGUACAAGAAGCACCUGAAGAAGGAGGUCAUGAAGAAGUUCAAGGCCUGA